AUGGCACUUGCAGUCCUAUUGGCGACGUUUGCUCAACUUGCGAACGCCGUCCCAGGUAGUGCAUGGAGGAAUGAUUUUUGUUCCGAGUUCCAAAAAGUCCAAGCCGGAACAUUGCAAAUUGAGAAAGCCCUCGUCGGAAAGCAUCUUACGUUUGUCGUCCCCGUCUUCGACAUGACUGACCCGACUUCAAGCCACUGGAAUGAUGGAGAGCCGGUGGGAACUCCAGAAAAUGGGAUGGUCAUCACUGACAAGGUGCAUGGCUUCCACGCAUCGGUAUUGAAAGCAGUGUCGGCCGUCGCUAACUUCACGUACACCAUUCGCCUCAACACGGUUGAGGCUGCUUCAACCACCGACUGGCUGUUGCAAGAGUCUCCGAACUAUGAUGCCGUCCUAGGCUCGUGGACGGACAGCCUUGUACGCCGUGAAGCUGGUUUCCUGCAGCCAUACCCCCUCGUCGAAAAGGAUUUGAACAUGAUUGUGCGAAGGCAGAUUAACAACCCAUCGGUGUGGAAAGUCAUGUUCACCUUCAUGAAGCCCUUCUCAGCAAGCUUAUGGAUAAUGCUAUUCGUGUGCUCCCUAGUGACAGCUGUGUUUAUGUGGUUUUUUGAGACGUCCCGCGUCUCCAUUGAGGAGGGGGCGGAAGUUGAAGUGUCAACUGCUCCAGAAGGUGCGCUGAAGUCGGUGUG